GAUUAUCGAAGUCAGAGAGCGAAAAAUAGAUUGUUUAGAUUGUUUAUAUGAGUUUAGGCGAAGUAACUGGAACCCCCAUCACUUMAAGCAUGUUUACUAGCGUUUGUACUAAGUCGUGAUAUAAAAUGCUAGUUAGGGAUUAAAAWCAUAGACGUCAAACAAUUGAAAAGUCGGUGAAGUGAUCCCGGUAUUCUCGAAACAACACCACGGAACGCAUGUCAAUUUGAUUUGAAGUUACAGUACUUUGAAUAGAAAAACUUUUAUAGAACUUUGAAUGCAGUACAAAAAAGGAUGGAAACUUCUAUGAUUUACUUAAUAACUAGAGGAUGUACACACCAAGGCAACUAUUUGAUUGAUKGCCAGUGUACAGAUACACAACCCCUCAGCAUUCAACAUCACAAACUUUCUGAAUAACAUGGGGCAAGUUAUUGAGACUGCUAACUCUGCCAAGACUGAUCAGGGAACAUAYGAAGAGAAAAAACAUACAGCUGUCAAUGGCAUUUCAGAACAACUAAAGGUCCAUGCCACAUCAAUGGAAUUAAUAGAUGAUGUGGAAACUUUAUAUUCUGACAAAAGAAUUACAGAUGAGCCAGCUAAUGGCCCAUAUGAAAAUUCCAAUCAAAGUAACACAAGACAAGCAGAGGAAAUUAUUGAGAGUAAUAUGUCCUAUGAAAAUGAAGAGUAUCUUUGUACUGGGGAAACAUUAGAUGAGAAACCGACUGUUCCAARUAGCAAUAACCUUGAUGUUGACUCUAGAAAAGAUGAAAAUGAUGAGCAAGGAGAGAAGGAAUUACAACAUUCAAUGGAUUGGUCUGAAAAAAAGAGACAGUUCAGUUUGAUGAAAUACCAGUAUUCGGAAAGUAGUUUAAGCUCAGAAGUGUCAUCAGCUAGCCGGCACAGCUUCUCAUUAUACCUUCAAGCAAGAGAAUAUGAUGCAGAAGAAGUCCUGGUAGGAUUAGGGUUUGGCUUCGAGGGGCCAACGGAUAUCCCAGUACGGUUUUUGAAUAGUAACAGUUAUAAUAUAAUUUCAUCCCAAACGGAUUCUACAAACAGCUAUCAUGGCUUACUUCAAAGAGUGGAAAGUGAGAGGCCAGAAUUAGAUGAAGUCUCAUCUCGCACGUCUUUUGAGUCUUCUUGGUCAAACAGUUCUAUGGAUAGACUUCCGAGUCGGUUUUCGUCAUCUAUAAGUCGUCUAAKUUCUGUAUCCAGUUUGAUAAGUGAACCGGACGAUAACGAGAACCAAUCAGUAAUGAUCCCUUCAAUCAUGGAGCCCGAAAAAGAGAAAGAGCACGAUGAUGGCUUUGACCUUAUGAGACACCUCCGGCUUAACCGUGGACACCACGAAAAGGGAUUUCUGGAGCCCGUGACAGAGGAACUUGAGGUUUCGUCUGUUGGAAGUGAUUCGUCACGCACUAAAAUUUCUGCUCCUCAACAAGACUCAUUUGAUUCAGUUGGAAAUGUUUCUAUUGUCACCAAAAUAUUAGUACAAAAAGACGAUUCACCAGUUGAUUUAAGACAUCAAAAAGAAAGCGAACUUACUGCUAGUUUAACUAAAGUAAAUACAUAUAAUGAUUCGUCCAACGAAAGUCUGAUUGAAAGUACAAAAAAAGUCGUUAUUGUACAAAGUAGUGUACAAGAAGCUUCUGUUGACAACCUGCAUUUACCUUCAUUGAACAAUUCCUUCGCAUCGCGAUAUACUCAAGAGUCGUUUGAACUGGAAGAGAUAGCAACRAGUGAGGAAAAUCUCGAUARAAUCGAAGAAAAUACAUCGACCAUGAACAUUAGACCAAGAAACCGUUUGAAACGGGAUCAUAGUGAUGACAGUAGUGGUUUUGAGGACGAUGGAGGUGAUACCUCGAAGAAGUCUUCACCUGAAGCUUUUGAUACCCUGAAAGAGAACCAAAGUGAAGCUUCUCAUUCAAAGCAACAUAACACACACCUUCUUGUCCCUGUUGAGGUUUCCACUCCAAAGAACGAAUCAUCAAUAAGACGAUCAACAUUUGCGAAAAGACGCUCAUGGUCAGCAACUAAGCAAAAACGUGUCGUAUUUGAAGAYGAAGCCUCUUUGAAGAGUCGAUCGUUUGAAGAUUUUCGWGCUGAUGCUACUUUAAGUAAAGGUGACUUUAGAAGUCGUUCUCUUGAUAUACCCUUGCCUCUUUCAAACAGACUUUCGGAUGYUUCUAGAGAGGUGCAAGAUAAAGGAAGUUCAGCAAGCAAUUCSUUUGAUAUACCURCAGCACGGUCAGUGAGUGCUUCUGAUGAAGCUCGCACCGAAUACUCCGCACUCGUCGUUAAAGAUGAAAGCCAAAGUGAUUCUACAGAUGACAAAGAUACUCUUACACAAAAUAAGCCAUUUUCCGAGAGCAGUGCUAUACGCAAUAUCAAAUAUUUUAUGUCGAAUUUGUUAUCUAUUCGAAGCAAACUGAAAAAGAAUCAUAUACCGUGUAUGACUGAAAAAUUACUUGAUUUACCCAAAUCAACAGAAACAGAGGUUUGCAAUUUAGAGCAGCCUUCUAUUGGAGCUGAUGAUGUCUCUGAUUUACGUUCGUCUUUACGAGAAACGUCUGAUCAAGGACAGCAGAUUCGUGCAAUGCCUUCGAUAACAGUCACUUCAUGUCAGAAGGCGAGUCAUUACGAAUUAUCAACGUUUGAAGAAGAUAUUSAAAAGUAUCGUUCAACGUUUAUCGCAAUGGAAGUGAUUUCUACGGCACAGGAUAGAUACUACACGCGGAAGCUACAAGCAAGGUUUGCUUGGGAUAUUCUCUUUAUUCGACGGCUACGCUCUCACAUUAUGGAAGAAUUGGACGAGCUACGAUCCAACCUUUGUUAUGCUAGGGGAUUACCGUUAGGUGCUCAAAGUCAAAUGCAUUCGUUGCUAAGACUGCAAUCGGGACUUCGAGAGAAUCUUUUGACUUUAGCUGGUUCUACAACAGACAUGACCUUAAAAAGUCCGGAACCAAAGAACGCAUUGCAGUCACUUAGUGUACAGCGAAUUCGAGAAUCUGUAGUACAGGAAAUCAGCUCGAUGUUUGAAGUGAAAAUAAAUGAACUACGAGACGAAAUGAAGGCGAAAGAUUCYUUGAUUGAGAAGCUCCUCAAAAGAUUACCAGAAAUGGAAACAUCGUGA